AUGCUGUCGUCGCGCCUCUUGCGGCAGCCAGCAUGCCGGUUGCUCUCGCGAACCUCUACCACGCAUCGAUCCUCGAUAUGCUGCCCACCAACACGCGCCUUCCACGCUUCGACGCCGCGACAAGAUCCCCUCACCGAUGCCAUUCUCUACCUUCCCCACGAGCUGAUGUCGCUCGUCCAUACCGCCGUGCCAUGGUAUGCUGCCAUACCGCUCACCGCCUUCCUCGUUCGUGGUCUUCUUGUCACUACAGCUGGAGCCUACUCGCGCGCCCUUAUGGCACGAUACAUUGGUCUCCAUCCGCUCCGACAAGCGCUUGCUUUCCAGAAACGUGACGAGAUAUUAAAGCGUGGUAACUUCCGGACCAUCAAACAGGCCACAUUGACAGUGAAGAAAGAAGUAAAUGACACCACAUCGGCAUUAGACAAGAGGUGGAAUGUUAGUCUACGCGGCCAAAUCACUUGGACAUUAGCCCAAUUUCCCAUAUUCAUCGCUAUGGCUGAGGUCAUACGGCAGAAAUGCGGCGCUCAUGACGGUCUGAUAGGUAUGGCGGCUGCUGCCAUCAACGGCGAACGUACAACCAUGACCAAUGACGCCGGUGAAAUCAUUAGACGCGUUACACCCACUGCAUGGUUCGAGCCUUCGCUGGCAACAGAAGGCAUGCUCUGGUUCCAGGACCUACUUGUUCCGGACCCAACAGGUGUUCUCCCAUUCAUUGCGUCAGGCAUAAUGUUCGCAAACAUCUAUACUACAAAGAACACUGUCGAGAGCGAUGGGUCUCGGAGGUGGCCUGGUGUGAUUCGGAGGACUUUGCUUUUCAUUUCUCUGCUGAUUGGUCCUCUCUGUCAGCAGCUACCUGCGGCAAUGAUGCUGUAUUGGUCAUCAAGCACAGCUUCGGUCAUGCUAUGGAACGUCUGGCUGAACCGAAAAUACCCUGCACCACGAGGCUACGCAGCAUGUAAGAGGCCGCUCAUCAUGCCACCAUCGCCUGUGCCAGAGGGCCGAAAAGUGUUUAAGCUGUCUACGAAACACCCCCUUCUUCGAAGUGAAUCCUGA